AUGCCUUCACGUUUAUCAACCCCCGUUCUCACGGUGGAUACAGAGAAAAUUCACAAAGUCGACACAGCUAAUGCACAGAGCCUUCAUGGGAUGUGGAUGGUAUUUUCUAAAUGUGCGGACUAUAUGGAAGAGGGCCGUCGGUUGGAGAACUUGAGUUGGAGACUCUGGACACGUGAGACAUUUUGCGUGGAACCGGAAACAUCUAGCGAUACAUCCGUUUUGCCACUCCUGCGCCAGGAAGCCGGCGAUCUACCAGAACUUUCCGCCAGUGUCGAGUCCGCUGCUUCAGAUCAGGCCGAGAGAAUUGAGCAUCAUAUCAAGCGCCCUAAGGGUAUGGACUACAAGCCCACAGUAGUCCGCGAUGAUUCCUUGUUGAGCCUUGGCAGAGGCAAGGAGAAACAUAUCACAUCACUCGGAUUGGAACGGAUGGUGUUGAAUAUCAAAGAGAAGAAGAAUCUUGAACCUUUGCCCACCAUGACUACAGUCGCCCCUCCUGUCGUUGACAUCACUCCACGACCCUCCACUCCUACGCCUACUCCUCCAUCUGUCUCUACUGCGAAGCGACCAUCCCCGUAUUCAAUUAGCCAACAGCCGAAUCAGUCUACCGAAUCCUGCUCAACUACUGCUCCAGACUGCAAUGAGAGCGACGCCGCAAAUGUCACCGCCUCGGAUACCAGCGUAUCUUCUUCCGGCAUUCUUCCAACCCGUGCCGAGUUGAUCAAGUCGCCUAGUAUUGUCCGAGGUUUCUCACCGUCGCAAGUGUCUUCGUCGUAUCGGUCCCAGGCGAAUUUGACUGCCGACCAGAGCCCUGCAAAAUCGGCACAGUUAAAGCCCAUGCCUUUUAAGAAGAAGGGCGGUAUGUUUACGUUGGGUGGCUCUUCCGGCGAUGAUGAUGAGAGUUCUUUCGAAGAUCGUAUGGAAUUGCAGGGCCCGCAUCGAAGCUCACUCUCAGAUGAACUGGGAAAGCCUAAUGGCAACCAGCCGAGCCCGAAGAAGGUCACUUCGUUUAAGAACCAAGUUGGGACCAUUAAACCGAUUAAGGAGCGAUCCAGAGACAAUGACGAGGACGCCAUCGAGACCGAGGAUGAGGUAUCCGAAAGUGCUAUUGAUGACGAAGAGGAUUCUGAUUGGGAAGAUUCCGUCACCGAAAGCGGCCGAUCAAGUGUGGAGGAAAACCACCAGCUCUUUCAGCGUGUUGAUUCUCGACCCAAUCUUGUUUCGCGGCGCUCUCUUUUGACAAUGAUGAUGCACCAACCUACCACGAUGGGGGCCACUCGAUCCAGUCCAGCCUUGCAACGAUCGCGUCUAACAUCACCGAACGGUCCCUCAAUUCCCGCUUCUCCACCCGAAAAUGAUGGCGAAAACUUGACCAUGCGUGGCCCCGACGUACCUCGUUCGAAGCCGAUAAUCAUGAGACCACCUCCACAGUCGGUUGCUCAUUCUCCCAGAACUACCAGAAGGAAUAUGCUCGCUACGGAGUUGACCGAGUCUCUUCGCCGUCACCUGCUAUGGGAGCGACAGCAGAAGAGCACAACCGCCAAUGCAUUCCUCAAACGGAGACACACUGCUCAUGACAUGGCAAAUUUGCAGGAAUACCCUAAUCCUAACGACGCCCAGAAAGGCCAAGGCACUAGAGUGGCGAAUCCCAACGCGGCAAGUCGGAGCAAGGACAAGGAUGCCGCGAAAACUGGUUCUUGGACUAAUUACACUGAUUUUGGUCCGUGGGAGUACCACGUGAAGGGAUGGUAG